AUGAAGGAGGAAGACAUCGCCAAGACAGCGUUCAAAACGCCAACAGGGCUGUACGAGUUCCUAGUAAUGCCAUUCGGGUUGGUGAACGCCCCUGCCACGUUCCAACGGAUGGUAGAGAACCUGUUCGGGGACCUGUAUUGGAGUGGGGUACUAGUAUAUCUGGAUGAUAUCCUCAUCCACGCGGCGACACUGGAACGAGUCUUCGAAUUACUAGUAGAAGUACUGGCAAGACUCAAGGACAGCGGACUACGACUACGGCUGUCAAAAUGUUCGUUCCUCCCGAACCAAAUCGAAUACCUAGGACACACAAUAACCGAAGGUCAAAUAGCCCCGCAAUCCAAGAAAGUCGAAGCAAUCGAUGCGCUAAAGGCCCCCUCCGACGUGAAAGGAUUACGACAAGUGUUAGGAAUGGCCGGCUACUACCGCAGCUUCAUACCGAAUUACGCAGCCGUCACCCAACCAUUGACGAAACUGAUGCGCAAGACAACGGCAUAUGAGUGGAAAGAGGAGCAACAGAGGGCGUUCAGGCAAAUAAAGGAGCAACUGAAGCAGGCAGCCCUAUGCAACGAUUACGCCGCAGAGGAAUUAAUUAUCGAGACCGACGCGAGUGAUUACGCGGUAGCCGGCAUCCUAUCAUGCAGAAAGAACGGCCGCGAUUACCCAAUUGAAUACAUGUCUAAGACAUUAACGGAAGUAGAAAUAAGGUGGCCAACGAGAGAGAAAGAAGCCUAUGCGAUUGUAGUUGCACUCCAAAAGUUCGAUGUCUACAUACGGGGUCGGAAGGUUACCAUAUACACCGACCAUAAAAGCCUAGAGUGGAUGUUCCAGGCCAAGAAAGGUAAGAUUGCCCGAUGGGCCACACUCCUACAAGAGUAUGACCUGACCGUUAUCCACAAGAGCGGAAUCGAGAUUGCGCACGUGGAUGCCCUUAGCAGACUGGCGAAAGACGUAGCGACGGCCGAAGAUAGGAUGACGUGCAUGGCGGUCAUGACACUUACCGAGGAAGAGGACGGAUUGCCACGAGUAACGGAAUGGAGACAAGCGUACCAAGAGAUAUCUACCGUAGAGAGGGACCGACUGAAGGUCCGAGAAUGGCAAGGGAUGCUGACCAGAGGAGGCCGGGCAUACGUACCACCACAAUACGUGAAGCGAGUCAUACGACAUUUCCAUGACCGACGGGUCGGGACCCACGCCGGAGUAGUGAGGACAUACCGGAGAACCCAAGAACUAUUCUGGUGGCCCAGACAGAUGGAAGACAUACGGCGGUACGUCGGAGCAUGCCUAACUUGUCAACGCCGAAGGAAUGGGAUGGAACGCACGCAGGGACUGA